CCCGCCCAGCUUGCACUUUUCUUUUUCUUUUUUUGACUUUUGUUUGUUUUCUAUUCGUUGCUAAUCCUUGAUCUCUUUCUACUCUCUAUCUCUCUUCUCCCCAGCCCUUCAUUCUCUUGUUUUGUCCAGUUCUAAGGACGAGAGAUAUAUCGAGAAAAAUGUUAUACCACAAUCACCACUUUCAGUAUCGUCCUUGUUUGCAUUGCCAUCCUCACAGCUAUAUUAGAAUGGUUCAACAUCUUAUUGAGAGAUGUUUGCUGCUUCACAUGAGUCGCGACCAAUGCGUCCGAGCCCUAGCUGUGCAUGCAAGCAUUCGCCCCCUCGUUACUCUCACUGUUUGGAGAGAGCUACAGAAGGAGAAUAAGGACUUCUUCCAUGCAUAUUAUUUCCAUGCUUUUUCUCCAAGGCCCUUGUCAAAGAGUAGAUCAUAUAUUCGAAGGGCACCAAGAAUAUUGGCAAAAAGCAGACAAUACUGGAAGUGAUCUUAUAAGACAUAUUGAAAGCCCACGUGGUGAGAGUAAAGACUAUAGCUUCUUGUAGAAGAAAAAUUAGAUGUAGUACUAUAUUUUCAUGGAGAUGCAAAUCCUAGAUAUUUGCUCUCUAGACAUAUCUAUGACCUAUAGAAAAGGAUAUGUUGCAAAUCCUAGUAAAAUUAGAAACUGUAUAAUGAUCUUAUCUCUCUAGACAUAUGACCCAUAGAAAAGGAUGUUGUCUCGUAGUCUUUUGUAUAUAUAGUUUUGUGAGAAAUUUCAAUAAUAUUAUCACGUUAUUAGAA